CAUAGUAAGCCUACACUAUAUUCUUGAGCUGAUUGAAAUCGAGUUUCAUCGCUAAACGAAAGUGUAGUUUCUUGUUGAUUAGAACAAUCUCAAGAAUAUACUCUAACAUGGCUCACAAGGGUAAAUCAACGACCUUCCUCGAGAGCACCGUGCACAACGACUCAGCGAGCGCCUGUCCAGACUGCGACCGUCCAGACUGGGCCGACGAUAUGGUCCAAUGCGGAGAAUGUGAAGAUUGGUAUCACUUCAGCUGCGUGGGCGUAAGUAGAUCGGUAGAACAUCGGCCCUGGACGUGCGCCGAGUGUUUACCAAUCAGUGUUAGCAGCCGAUCAUCUAGGAUGUCUUCUACUAAAGCGCUAGAAAUGCAACGUCUACAAGAAGAGCAAGAAAUCCGCAGAAAGCGUUUCCUACAAGAAAAGGCGUUGGAGAAGAAGCGGUUGGAGCAAGAGCGUCAGCAAAUACUAGCCGAAGAAGAGCUGGAGAGGACGUUUCUCAAGGAGAAAUUCGAGCUGCUAGAGAUGCAGGAAGUCGAUGAAAAAGGAAGUACAGUGAGUAGCCGUAGGAGUAAUCGCGAAAGUAUUUUGCAAUGGAUGAGGAACGACGGAACUGUGGAACCAAGAUGCAGGACAUUGAAUGCAGCCAUUGGGCAGCCACCAAAUCCGGAAGCACCCGAGCAGCGCAAAAUUACUGUCGGUGGUAGAAAUGUAGUUUCGACUUAUCCUGCGGUCAAUCCACCCAUGCUGAAUUCUCAACCCGUCGCAUCGAGCAGCCAGAUCUCUCAUCAAGAAAGAAACGAAACUGUCGAGAUGAAUACCAUGAAUCAUAGGAGUCCAGUUCCGAAGCCACGAGCACCCGCACCUCAGCCUCGGCCUCGUAUUCGAAAGUCAACCCAUCAUGUGCCCCCAGCACCACCAGCUAGUGCCGUGACGGAUAACGCCACUCUCGAUAUCCCACCGUUGCCCUUUGAAUACUGCUCUUCUGAGGUGGAUAUGUACCUUCCUCCUCAACGGAAAAGUGCUGCCAGAAUUAGACGGGCAAACCCUGCCCUACAAAGCACGCAACUGCCGACCUUCCUGGACGAGGUUCGGCCUGAUACGACAUUCCAGCCAUCAUCACGGAACGUAAGACAUACGGGAUCACAAUUCAUUCCCGAUAUGCAUGUCAGGGAUGAAAGUACUGCUGAUCAAGGUCCAACCGCAGCGCAAAUUGCAGCCCGCCGUGUUAUGUCUCGUGACCUUCCAGAUUUCUGCGGCAAUCCGGAGGACUGGCCUAUAUUUAUUAGCCAAUACGAAAUCACUACUAACAGCUGCGGAUUUAGUAACACUGAGAAUCUGAUUAGAUUGCAGCGGUGUUUGAAAGGCCAUGCUCGCGAAUCCGUAAGAAGUCGCCUGCUUCUGCCCGCAUCUGUCCCACAAGUGAUUGAAACACUUCGGAUGCUGUAUGGGCGACCAGGGCUGAUUAUAUCCGCACUGUUGAACAGGGUACGUGCUGCACCAGCACCAAGAUUGGAACGACUCGAAACGGUGAUCGAAUUUGGAAUGGAACUCCAAGGACUUUGCGAUCAUUUGCAAGCGUCAGGAGAAACCGCUCACAUGAACAAUCCAUCAUUAUUACAGGAGCUGGAGGACAAGCUACCGUCGCAGAUGAAGCUCCAGUGGGCGAUGCAUAAACAAAUCGUGCAAUGCGUGACACUGCAAACAUUUGCGAGCUACAUGUCGAGCAUGGUUACAGCGCACAGUGUUGCUUUUUGUCGAUUUCGUGCGCUUUUUUAAUAACAUCGUUUCUGUUGAUUUUUUCGCUGUAGUUUGUUUGGAGGAAACGUUAGAUAUCAUAAAGGGCUUUUUUUGAGAAAAUCUGUGAAAUGAUUAAUCCACCUAAAAGUGAGAUAAAAAUUUUACUUUUUCACCUAAACCGUAUAUGCGCCUAGUGUCUUCGAGAAAGUUGUAGCGGAUGGUAUUUUAGGCCACUUUGCCAAAAAUCAUGUAUCUGUGACUUAUACUUUACUAGAUAUGUGACA